AUGUCCGACGCCGAGCGCGCGUCGCUCCUGGCGACGUCCGGAGAGACGAGCGCGCGCGCGGGUGAGGGUAGUAGAUGGAUUGGUAGGCGCUGGCGCGCGGUCGCGGCGGUCGGCGCGACGGUGUUGCUCAUCGGAGUGGGCGCGGCGGUGGAAGGCGGAAGACGCGCGCGCGCGGCUCUCGGAGACCCCGUGUCGAGCGACAUCGAUCGCGAGGUGAUCGACGCGCGAUUGAAAUCGGUGUUUGGAAUAUCUCUGAAGAAUUUCGCGGGGUUGAUGCGGGAUCAGGAAGAGAUGUCGUACGCGGACAGGGAGUUGAUUGAGAAUAACAAGCGGUACAAGGCGCUGGAGAAGGCGGAAGCCGAGGCGGAGGCGAAGCGUGAGGCGGAGGCCAAGGCCGUGGCUGAGGCGAACGCCAAGGCUGAAGCUCGUGAAAAGUACAAGGAAAAAGUCAGAGCAGAGGCGGAGGCCCGAGCAGAGGCGGAGGCCCGAGCAGAGGCGGAGGCCCAAGCAGAGGCGGAGGCCCAAGCAGAGGCGGAGGCCCAAGCAGAGGCGGACGCUGACGCGGAGGAGACGAAAGCCAUGGCUAACGCGGACGUCGAGGCUGAGUUGGCGGCGUCUGAGAAGAUUACCGACCAGGCAGUCGCUGGGACGAAGCCGAAAUCAAAGGAUCAUCGAAAAGAGAAGCUCGCCGCGCAAACCGCGGCGAGUGUGAAAACCUCCGCAGCGGCCAAAAUGCGGGUUGCGCGAGACGAGGACUCGCGGAACACGCUCGAGGCUGUGGUGGAAUCAGAGCGCUCCAGCGAGCAAGCUCAGCACAAGGCGCUCGAAGCGGACACGAACGCGGCGAGGGAGAAAUUGAGAGAGAAAAUAUUGACGCAGGACGUGGCGCUAGAAGUGGCUCCGGCUCCAGUGCGGACUGAGGAGGAUGAAGAAAACGCAGAGAUCGACCUCGAAAUCUCCCUCGGUGCACCGACGAAGACGCGCGAGCGAGAAGCGCGAAGAAGAGAUCGCAGACGCAGAGCCCACCUAGGGUCCAUUCAGGAAUACGACGAUGACGACGAGAUUAACAAUAGAUCCCCACCUAUAUUGCCGGUGUUCUUCCACACUGAAAAGAGCGGUGGUACUUCGUUGGCGCUACACACGCUAGAGCUCUUGAGCUCAGACGACCCAGAGACGCUCGAAUUGAUCAACAGAGUGCGUACGGAGGAUGUCAUGCUGGACUCAGAGUUGAGACGUUGCGCCGCGCUGUGCCCAGGAAGUGCGAUGUUUUUAUCCACUGUCUGGCAGAACGGAUCCGUGUGGAUACCCGGGCAUCCUCGUCCGCUAGAAGAUCAGAGCGCUGAAAAUUGGAAGAAGUGUCGUGUUUUGACGAGUCACACGGGUCGAGAACUCUUGCUUCGCGCGGAGGAGGCCGAGGAAGAAAUCGGCGUUGUGCGGCCAAAGAUACUUAUGGGAUUGUUCCGUGAUCCUGCCGAAUACGAACAAGCUGCAUGGCGAAGCGAACUCUUUAUGUACCACGAAUUACGAGCGAAACUUGGCUGGGGUAAGUUGGCGGAGACUCCACUCGGUAGUGCUCUCGAUCCUGACGACGUGCAUGACUUUGGACGAGACAGCAAGUUCGCGAAAAUCAUGCUCAACGAACAUUGCUCCGGGUUAGAAAAUAAUUUCCAAACGAGAAAACUUCUCGAAGACGAUUGGUGGUGGGUGAAAGAUAAACGCCACGAAGUAUUGCUCGAAAUGGCGAAACAACGGGUGAUGAAACUCGAUUGGAUUGGUUUGACGCACCGGUUCGACGAAGGUACUUGCAUGCUCGCUUACACCAUGCGGCGAAAGCCACUCGCUACAAACUCCACCAACUACGAUAGAGGUUCACUUCUCCCGGAUACGCUCAGAGCGAAUCACCCGCACAGUGGCGAUCAUCACGAAGGUGAAAUCAGUCCGGUCCUGCGGAACCAGCUAUACAAGUGCAAUGACUUGGACACUGCGGUGUUCAACCUCGCCGAAAAUGAGUUCAACUCCAGAAAACAGAAGAUGAUGGACCGUCUGAAUGAACUGGUUCGAGCCGAGAAGGAGUUGAGACCCGUUCGUGGCGCCGGAAACGACCAAGUUCUGGACCCGCGCGUGUUUCUCGAAUGCAUGGCGGCCGCUGCGAAAUCAACUUCCGUGUAG